CAAGCUCGCAACAAAAACUACAUCAACUCAUCCCACAAUGGCCGACCAACAGUCACAGGAAGAAGCUCUUAAGGGCAACGUGAUCUACUCGCUACGAAAAUGGGGCGAAAGUUCUGUCCCUCCAACACUGCUCGCCACGCUCACCGCGGCCCAGCAUUUACGUCCAUUCCAACCUCUCCCAAUGCUGUUUCCUCCUGUGUUCCUAUUCUCAUCUUGGAUGAACAUCAAUGGCUUCAAAAUUGAUGCCGCGGGCGUAAGUGCGGCAUGGAGCGGCUUGUAUAUGCUGAUGGCCAUGCGGAGGAAGCAGUCUUUCAAGUCGAAAUUUGGGGUCAGAGGUUUGGUUCGAGGAGCAACCCUUGGGUUGUGUGCGGUACAAGUCGUUGGUGGAGGCCUCGCUUAUACCUUUGGCCGAAGGAAAGAGGAGGACGCGACCAGGGCGACCAAGUAAUGACGUAUUUCACUCAUUGGGACGGGGAAAUUCUUUACAUAAAGGCAGCAUAUCGUGUUGGUGUCUGAGGGUCUCGUAUCAAGCAUAAAACUUCGCUGAGGCGGUACGACGGAGGCAUAGUAAAAACAAGGGAAACGGGCAAUAUGCUGUACACAAUAAUAUCAUCAAGACAGAGAGUUUUAAUACGUACGGAACGUAACCUUGUAGAAUAUGUCUUGCAUACAUGCAGCAACAAGCAAUAGGAACAUAAACAAACCUGAUAAUGAGAUCUGUAAUAAGAAAGGCAGUGAUGUCUCUCAGCAUUUAGA